AUGUUAGAAAAAAAGUUUGCUGACAUUGACAAGAAAUUUGAGAAUGUUUUAAACAAGAACAAGAGGAAGUUAGAAAAUGCUCAGAUAAAGCCUAUACAUGACAAGUUCUUAUUUGCUCAGAAUGGUAUAACAGGUCUAAUCGCACCACCUGGGUCGGGUAAGACUUUCACUUAUCUUAAAAUGGCUGCACAACAACAAGAACUAGAUGAGAAGAACCCAUUCUAUGAGUUAGUAGUCAUUUGUAGUACUUCUGGUCAAUUUGACCAAACCGUCAAUUCGUUCAAAGAUAUUAUAAAAAAGUCUAAGUUAGUAUGUAUAAAAGACUCUGAGUUGUUAGAUUGGAUAAAGAAGUACCAAAGAAGAGUUUUGAAGUACAAUGCUAUAAAUGAGUAUAUAAAUUCGAAGUUUAAAGACCCAAAUGAGGAAAUGCAGAGAAUAUUAGAGAAGAAACACUUCAGAAACAAACAGAAAGAGAUAG